AUGCAGCAACGAAAUCCCAUCAUCUAUUAUCAACAACAACAACUACAACCCCGCUCUUUCCAUACAUCAUCAGACAAUGCCUCCCCUCUCCUAACAAUCGCCGUCCUAUGCAUCAUCGGAGCCGCAGCUGCAUUGCUUCUCGCAUACUACGUCUUGGUCAACAAAUGCCGCUGUUCCUCGCUUCCCUUCAAUCUCCCAACAUCGACCUGGUUUCUCCCUUCCUCCAGCGCAACAGCCGCCACCGGACAACCCGCUGUUGACGACUCCUUCAUCGCCCUGUCCCCUGGCAAUUGGCCUCUCGGCGGCGGCGGCGGCGGCGGCCUCGACGAACUUACCAUUCAAGCUCUCCCAACUCGCGAGUACAGAACAGGAGGAGUACUAGAAUGCGGCGGCGGCAUCUACGGCUGCGUGGUGUGCCUGAACGAGUUCAAGGAAGAGGACAUCCUCAGAGUCCUCCCCAAUUGUGCCCCCGCCUUCCACUUGCCCUGCAUCGACCUUUGGAUGCAGAGCAAUGCCAUUUGCCCGCUCUGCCGGACAAGCAUUUCCUCGGCGCAACUCGCUUCGGGGCAUAAUCCUCGUCGUCUCCAAGUGUGCUCCGAGCUCCUCCCCUCGAGGCUCGCAGCAACAAGCCGAGAGCGUCUUAGGAAGCGACGAGGAUUUUUGUGGUGA